AUGCCAGCAAUACAGGGGCCUCGCAUCACAAUAGUGCCAGUGCCGACAGCACCAGCAGCAGCAAGAACAGCAGAAACAGCAGCAAAGACAGCAGCAAAGACAGCAGCAAAAACAGCAGAAACAGCUGCAGAAACAGUACAAGAAAAGCAGGAACAGCAGCAAAACCAGCAGAAACAGCUACAUGAACAGCAGAAACAGCAGCAAAGACAGCAGAAACAGCUACAGAAACGCAGCAAAAACAGCAGAAACAGUAGCAAGAAAAACAGGAACAGCAGCAAAAGCAGCAGAAACAGCUACAGGAACAGCAGCAGAAACAGCUACAGGAACAGUAGCAAGAAAAUCAGGAACAGCAGCCAAACCAGCAGAAACAGCUACAGAACAGCAGAAAUAGCAGCAAGAACAGCAGCAACAGCUACAGGAACAACAGCAGGAACAUCAGAAACUGCUACUGGAACCGCAGAAACAGCUACAGGAAGAGCAGCAAGAACAGAAACAGCUACAGGAACAGGCAAGAACAGCAGAAACAGCUACAGGAGCAGCUUAAGAACAGCAGAAAUAGCUACUGGAACAGCAGAAAACAACUCUAAGAACAGCCAAACAAGAACAGCAGAAACAGCUACAUUGAACAGCAUCAGAACACGAAACAGCUACAGGAGCAGCUUAAGAACAGCAGAAAGCUACUGA